GCUCGCUCCCGCCGCCGUACGCAGUGACGCGUCAGCCGCCGCCUGUUGGUCUUUUUUCGCCAGUUGGUGACGAGCGUUAUGAAAAAUGGCCUCGACUCUUCCCGUAGCCGCGACUAACCGGAGAAGAUGACGGAGUCGAGCUCCCGGAGUCAGUUGAACACGUAAUAACGUGAUAAGUUGGCCGGAGAGAAAGAAGACUUGUCGGCAGAAGAAACGACCGGAAACAAAAACAAAACUCCCCCCCAAAAAAACACCCAACCGCCGCGUAUCUUUUCUUUCUUUUUCGUCUUCUUCGUCUCCCCGCAGCGCUGGCUGGCUCCGGGGAGCCGCUAUGGAGGACAUCAACUCGAACAUCAACGCGGACCUGGAGGUGCGGAAGCUCCAGGACCUGGUGAAGAAGCUCGAGCAGCAGAACGAGCAGCUCCGGAGCCGGUCCACGACGCUGUCCUCGUCCGGGACGACCCACCACCACCAACACCAACACCAAAACCACCACCACCACAGACCCCUCAGCGACGGCGGCGGCUACGACCCGUCGCUCACCGCGGGGACGGCAGCCGGCGGCUUCCCCGGCGGGGUGGGGUUCGGCGGCGGGCUGCUGCAGCUGGAGAACAGCCGCUGCCGGAGCCCCAGGCGCUCCUACGACGGCGUCAGCUUCAGGAGGGCGUACGAGUACGAGGGGGCGACGGCCGCCGCGGACGAAGGGGAGACGUCCAUCCUGGACGAAGUGGACAUCUUAGAUCUCGAGGACAUGGAUUGUCUAAACGAGGACGAGGACAGCUGGCUCUACGAGGCCAAGCUGGACAGUCCGCUGCAGAAAGCCCUGAGUCCGAUCGCGUGGUGCCGCCAAGCUCUCGACAACCCCAGUCCAGAGAUGGAGUCGGCCAAGCGCUCCCUCAUCCACAGGCUGGACCUCACCAUGUCAGCCAACAAGCGCAUGAGCCUGUAUGGGAGCCCCUACAACCAGCACGGCUAUGGGAGCCCCUACAACCAGCACGGCUAUGGGAGCUCCUACAACCAGCACGGCUAUGGGAGCUCCUACAACCAGCACGGCUAUGGGAGUCCCUACAGCACCAACGCAGCCAACAGCCCCUACAGCAGCGGCUUCAACUCCCCCUCCUCCACCCCCAGCAAAGGGCCCGCCGUCCGGCAGCAACACACCUCCGGGAACGCGGCUCACCAGAGGAACACGGCGGCCGAGAGGAACCCUCCGGCGGUGAGCCCGCAGUCGUCCGUGGACAGCGAGCUGAGCACCUCUGAGAUGGACGAGGACUCGGUGGGCUCCUCCAACACCUACAAGCUCAACGACGUCACGGACGUCCAGAUCCUGGCACGCAUGCAGGAAGAGAGUCUGAGACAGGAUUACGCCGCCACGACGUCCCGGCGGAGCUCCGGUUCCUCCUGUCACUCUCUGCGCCGCGGCACCUUCAGCGACCAGGAGCUGGACACGCAGAGUCUGGAGGACGAGGAGGAGGCGGUGCACCCGGCCUUCCACCUGCCCUCCAGCCGCUUCAGCCCCUCCCCCCGGAGCUCUCCGCGCGCCUCCCCGAGGAACUCGCCGCGCUCCCGCUCCCCGGCCCGCUCCAUCGACUACGGCCACGGCCGCGGCUCGCCGCAGCCCGUCAUCAGCCGCCUGCAGCAGCCGCGCCACUCGCUGCAGGGCCACGCCCACGACCUGCAGACCAACGCCGUGAAGAGCGAAGAGAAGCUGCGGCGCAGUCUUCCCAACCUCACGCGCCCCUCGGCGGCGCCGGCGGUCCAGAACCCGGAGCCCGUGAAGAACAGCCGCAGCUGCGAGUCCAACCUGCAGGUGCCGAACGGCGGAUCUCCUCGACACCAGAACCAGUCUGCGACAGCAGCUCCACCCCCGAGACUCUCCACCCCCUCUCGCUCCUCCCCGAAACCCAAACAGCACCUCCAGAGCCCCGCUGCCCUGCGAGUCCCACUCUCCUGUUGCUUUGGAGAAGAAGGAGAUUUUAUCCCGUCUCCCAGUAAGCUGCGGACCCCCGUCACCCCGUCCCCGCUGGCCCUGAGGCAGCCGGUGAAGGCCACGUCCAACCCCGGCUCGGCCACCUCCACGCCCACCCGCUCCCUGGCCCCCCCGCGCAGUGGGCUGCCCCGCCCCAGUGCCUCUGCUGGGGGGGGGAUCCCUCUGCCUCGCAGCAAACUGGCCCAGCCCGUGCGCAGAACUCUUCCUGCUCCUCGGUCCUACAGCGGCGGCGGUGCAGGAGAAAACUGGAGAGAAGGUUGCUACUGAGGUGUGGCCAGCAGGGGGCGCUCCAAUCCAAGCAUCAACACCAGGAGGCAGACUUUACAACGAGAUGGCACUUUAUCUACCUAGAUACCUUUUACAGUGACGAGAGAGAGACUAUGUCCCACAAAUAUAUAUAAAUAUAAAUAUAUAGAUAAAUAUAUAUAGAGAGAGAGAGUCAGACAUCUUUUUUUUUUUAUAAAGUAGAGGAGUGUCCGCAUGGCGUCAACGAGGACCUCCCAUCCGGUCCCUCUGGCCCAGAAGAAAAUGCCAAAGAAACCAGCUCCGCCGCCAGAGGACACGCCUCCUGCCUCGGCUCCACCCAUCUUCAUCACCCAGCUCCCCUCCUCCUCCUCCUCCUCCUCCUCCUCCUCUUAUUUCACCUCCCUCAGGUCGGAAUGCAUUUCUGUCUUUAUGCUCUGUGUUCAACAGAUGUGGGUGAGCGAUCUCUAUGACGACGAUGAUGAUGAUGAUGAUGAUGGUGAUGAUGAUGAUUAUGUGCAAGGUGAAUCUGUCCCCGUAGAUGUUGUUAGGGAGUCGGAUUUAAAGAAAUCUUUCCUCUUUGUUCCAAUCAGGCUGAAUGUAUGCACAAUGUGUGUUUGAUUUGUUUGUUUUUUGGGAAAGAUUAUUUAUUCAAAUUAUUAAAAAAAUAUAUUAAAAAAAAAAAAAAAUACGCGUGCCCAAACAUCCAUAUCAGUAUUUUAAUUUAGAAAAAAUAUUUAAUUUACAUUUUUUAAAAGCUCAUUUUUUUGAAUGCUAACUCCAAAGCUUUUAGCACACUUUUCCCCCCAUUGGUCGGUUUUAAACCAUCAUAUUUAAUCCCAGCAGAUUAAACCCAGAAACCAGAUUUCAUGUUUGUGUCUUAUCAAUAACAUGAAACUGAAACACCUUGAAACACCUUGAAACACCUUGAACGAGACGAGCUGAAGCGUGGAGCGCUGUGGAGGACGUUCUGAAACCAGUGCCUAUAAUUUAAAGUUUACUGGUUUGUUAUCAUUUGGUGCCAAUUUCUGUUUGCUUUUUGUUGCCAAUAUCGUUUUAAUUUCUGCUCGAUUUUUGAUUUGCCUUUUUUUGUUUAGUUUAGUUUUUGUAACUGAAUCGAUGCAUUUAUGAUAUGCUUUAAAAAGAAUUUAAAAAAGACAAAUGUUUAAAAUGCGCCUUCAUAUUUAUGUCAACAUAUUCGUUGUGUAAAUGAAGCUAUUUAUUUAAGAGGUGCCUCCGUCGACGCUCAGAGGAGCUCGACACGAAU